AUGGACUCUGAUAAGCCACGGCUCAACUGGCGCACUUUUGCCCUGUGUGUCAUAAUCUCCUUUGGCCAGUUUGUUGGCGCGUAUGAGUCGGUCAUCAUCGGCACCACCCUGCAGAAGCCCGACUUCAUGCGGCGGAUGGGCCUAUGGGAUAUCAAUGGCAACGAGACAUCUCGAUACAGCUCUCUCGAAGGAGCAAUUGUUGGCUUGUUCCAGGCCGGGGCUGUCUUCGGCUCUCUUAUAGUUGCAGCAGUUAUGGAGCGAUGGGGCCGCAAGGCUGGCCUCAUAUUUGGCUCUCUUAUAUCCCUUCCGGCUCUGGCAGGCAUGACGGGGUCCAUGAACGUGGCCGAGUUCCUGGUCUUUCGGUUUAUCGCCGGACUAGGAACCUGGGCCUGCGGCUCAGCUGCUUCUGUGUACAUCCCCGAACUUGCUCCGCCAGCGUAUCGAGGAUUCUUUGCUGGGCUAAACGGUGUCAUGAUCGGUUUUGGUGUAGCAUCGGCAUCCUAUACGGGCAUGGGCUUUUACUUUUGCGAUAAUGAAGUUGUUUCGUGGCGUGCCCCAAUGGGGAUCCCCUUAUUUGCUCCCAUACUCAUUCUCUGUGCAAUUCCUUUCCUCCCAGAGUCGCCACGUUAUCUUCUGCUCAAGGAUAGGCCGGAAGAAGCGCGCCGGAUAUUUGACCGGCUCAACCAGAGCUCGUCUGCAAAUCCAUCUUUGCUCGAUGAAGAAUUCAGUCAGAUACAGCAACAGGCUGCGUACGAUCGGAUCCUGGACUCGUCCUGGAAGGGUCUUUUCAUUCGUCCAGCUUAUCGAAAACGCAUUAUCCUGGCAUGUAUGCUCAGUUCCCUGAACCAGAGCACCGGAGUCCUUGUCAUCAACAACUAUGGCCAGACAUUCUACGAAACCCUUGGGUUCUCGCCAUCAGCCCGUCAGCUCCUCCAGGGAAAUCGCGAUAUCAUUGCAUUUUUGGGAAACUUCUUGGGCUCGUGGAUCGUUGACCGUGUCGGACGGAAACCUCUCCUCUUGUUUUCGCUCGCAGGCUGCUUCUGUUGCAUCUUGCUCGAGGGUAUCAUGGUACAUGUUUACGCCUACUCUGACAAUUUUGGUGGGAAAAAUGCCGGCGUCGCCCUGCUUUACAUAUUUCUUUUCUUCUACGCAGUGGGAAUCGACGUUGGUACUUAUGUCUACCUCGGUGAGAUGUUCCCUAACCACUUGCGCGUAAAAGGCGUGGGGAUGUCUCUCGCCUCGCUCAAUGUGACUGCUACCGUUUACCUUUCUGUGACGGGGACAGCUAUCGCUUCUAUAGGGUGGAAGUUUUUCUUGGUGUUUGCGGCCAUUACAUUCUGCGGAAUGAUCUGGAUAUAUUUCUUCCUCCCCGAGACACGUCGCCUGCCUCUUGAAGAGAUCGAAGCUCUAUUUGGGAAUGCCGAAGACACCAUGGUCUUUAUAUCUCCGGCCAAUCGCGGCCUCGAGGGCGAGAGAGCUGGACAAGAAAAAGGGGCCGUGGAGCAUGUGGAGUAG